AUGCCAGGCUUCAACGCCCUCACAAAGGACCAUGUCUCCGCAAUCCUGGACCAGAACAGCUUCUACCCAGUUGACAAAUUCGCCCUGCUCCCCAUCGAAAUGCGAUUCCAGUCAUUCGCUGAAACAGGCUCCGCCGGCGAUGUGCACUGGAAUAACAGCUCGGAAACAACGGCCGCCCUGGAGAAAUGGUGUCGCGAUGCGUUCGCGCUGAUCAAGCCUCCUGGUGGGAGUGGGGAUGGCUUGGAUGCACACUUCGACAGCCUGGAUGCCCACCUUGCAACGCUGAUGCUGUGUAGUUUCCAGACGUAUAAGCAGGCCAUGAGCAAGAGUGAGAUUGUUGAUCGGGCUUGUGCGCUGCUUGCUAGACUUCCCUCGGAUCCACCGGAACUGCCAUUCGCGUAUGGAGGGCCAUGGCCUGCUGAGUAUUUUGAGACACCACUACAGCCUGGCCAGGCCGGCCAGGCCGACGAGAGCAAGUCUCAGUAUAAGUGGGCAGCCCUCACGGUACUCUCGAAACCGAGCACGAACAGCAUCCGGCUCGCCCUGUUCCUGGUAAUGGACCGCAGCGUCCCAAUUAGCUUCACAAGCCAGUAUUCAGACACGAUAGCCAGUCUCCUGGACACGGCAACGCGACUGCUGGACGGAAGUCCAAAUGAGGAGGACGCACAGGCCUGGUUCGUCAUUCAGGCCUUUCUAUGGGCAGCGUGGCAGCACACCGUGAUGCUGCAGCUGUGGUACGACGGGAGCAAGCAGAUGGACGGAUACCGGUUCGACAGACACAACGAUAUGAUAGCGAAGCAGAUUCCGUCCGUGAUGCCUGGACGGCAGACGAUUGAAAGGUCACGCCCGGGCUAUAUGUGCAAGUGGGCGUUUGAGCUUCUCCGGUCCGAUCUGAGCUGUGUGCCGCAGGAUUUCAGGGCGUUCCACGACAUCUACCAAAGCCGGUUUGGGGACCGUGGCCCUAGAUGCAACCUUGUUUCUCCUGGAGGUGGUUCGAAUAGAAUCUGCGAUGGCAAAGCACCUGGAAACUGCCAGAGAUUCGAGUCCGAGGGCGUCCAGAUCCAGGGCGCGCACGACUUCAGCUGCCCUAGCCCUGAUUUCCCCUGCCACUUGCUGACCUGGGACGAGCAGUCCUAUCUCAGCAUAACCGGUGGAAAAGCACGAGCCAUAUCCCUCGAAGACACCGACGACAGUCACAUCCGAUAUACCCCCGUCACCAAGGAUACCAUGGCAGUCUCCCACGUCUGGAGCCACGGCCAAGGCGGCCGGCCAGAGACCGGCUUCAACAGCUGUCUGCACCGCCGAUACAGCGCUCUCGCGAAAACACUCCACUGCACAUCGUACUGGAUGGACUCGCCCUGCGUGCCAACCGACCGCACCCUCCGCACCGAAUGUCUCGGCCAAAUCAACUCCAUCUUCGAGACCAGCAAAGUCACCCUCCUCGCCGACCGCGACAUCAUGGAAAUCCCCAUCCACCCACACACCCUGCAAGCCUCCGAAGCAGUCCUGACUGCACUCUCCGUCUGCGACUGGAACGUGCGCGCCUGGACGCUCCUCGAGGGCAUGCGCGGACGCGCAAAACUGCAUAUCCUCUGCAGGGACAACCACGUCAUCUCGCUCGUCGAUAUCCUCAACGACGUUCUAUCCCAGAGCUGUCUCUCCCUCAUCCCGCCCUGUCUCGCCGUGCAGCACUACACGCCUACCCAGCGCACCUUCGACCUCAUCUCCGGCGCCGACGCCGCAGAACCCGUAUCCAUCGAGCAAGCAACCUGCCUCCUGAACCACCGCCACGCGACCAAGGACCGCGACGUGCCCAUGAUCUGGGCGCUGGUGGCCGGCUCCGCAACAGUCAUCAAAGCCGCGGAUGAAUUCUGGGCAGCGAAGGUAGGGGAGCCGCUUGCGACGGGGUUUCUGGUCUCGGGUUCUCCGCGGAUUAAAGCGAGGGGGAUGGGAUGGGCGCCUGCGCGUCCGAAUCUUCUCCCUCCGACGGCGACGGAUGAGGGGAAGCAGUAUCCGGCGUAUGAUGGGCAGAAUAGUAUCCAGGGGAUGAUUACGAAGGAGGGAUUCAGGGCUGAAUGGCUUGGUGCUGUGUUGAGGCGGCGGGGGAGGGGGCUUCCGGCGUGGAUGUUUAGUGUUUACAGCUUUGCGCAGGAGGAUAGUGAACUACAUGAGUACUUCCAUGUGUAUAAUAAAGGCGGGAGUGAUAGGAUGGACAUGAAGACGCGGCGGGAGGUUGGGUCGGUUGUGGCGCCGCUGUUUAAGAGCUUUCGCUGGGUUGCGCUGUUGAUGCCGUGUCUGAGAGAUCGGGGGACGAAUGGAGCAGUCGCUCCUCCUAUGCCGUUUGAAUACCAGGGCGAGUCUGAGAGCCCCGUGGUGGUUGUUGUGGCUUCGAAUAACCAGCAGGAGUGGGAGUGGCAGUUUAUAUACGAGUGGGAGAGAGACUGCCAGCUGCCUGAGUUUGGAGUGGCGCAGUUUCUCCUUGUUUAA